AAACGGAUGGAGUACUAUAUAUACAUCAAGUACUGCUCAAGUCUUGAUAGGACGUAGAAGAUGGAGUUGGAAGAAAACAUCCCUGUAAAUGAGGAGGGGAGGCGAGAGAUUGAGAAGAAGAAGAAGAAGCUGCUGGAGGAGAAGGAACUUGGAGGAGUCAAAACACUUCCAUUCAUUAUUUCAAAUGAAAUCUCCGAAAAAUUCGCGACGGAGGGGUUCCAUGGGAACAUGAUAACGUACCUAACACUAGAGCUGAACUUGCCGCUGGUGAAGGCAUCCAACAUCCUCACCAAUUUUAAUGGACUUGCUGGCUUCACUCCCCUCGUCGGCGCUCUCAUUGCUGACUCUUUUUCCGGCCGCUUCUGGAUGAUCAUUGCCGGUUCCAGUCUCUAUGUUUUGGGGUUGGCUAGCCUCAUCUUAUCAGCAAUUCUACCAGGGCUACGGCCCCCACACUGCCCAACUCAAGAGAACUGCAAGGAAGCCUCUGACUUACAGCUAUGGGUCCUUUACACCUCUCUUCUCCUCACUUCUCUGGGAUUGGGAGGAAUCAGACCCUGCGUAGUUACCUUUGCCGCGGAUCAACUCGGCAUGAGCAAGAACGAAGUAGAGUCUCGGAGUUGGAAUUUCUUCAACUGGUACUUUUUCUCUCUCGAAACAGCAGGGCUAUUGGCUCUGACAUUUGUUUUCUACGUUCAAGACCAUGUGGGUUGGGGUUGGGGCCUUGGAAUUCCUACUAUUGCCAUGGCUUUAUCGAUUAUAGUCUUCAUUAUUGGAUCUCCAUAUUAUAAGAAACAGAAGCCAGAAGGGAGUCCGUUGGUUAGAUUGGCUCAGGUUAUUGCUGCUGCUCUGCAUAAGAGGAAAGCAAUUGCACCAGCAGAUUCAGGACUCUUGUACCAAAAUAAAGAACUUGAUGCGACCAUUUCUUCUAAUGGAAGGCUUCUCCACACCAACCAGUACAAAUGGUUUGACAAAGCUGCAAUUGUAACCGUUGCUGACAAAUCAGACUCGAACCCACCAAAUCUUUGGAGGGUCUCUACAGUCCACCGCGUAGAAGAACUGAAGUCCAUUAUCAGAAUGCUACCAAUUUGGGCGUCUGGAAUAUUACCUAUCAUUGCCUAUUCCCACCAGGGAAGCUUCAGCAUUCAACAGGCUCGCACCAUGGAUCGUUCCAUCUCCCCCUCAUUAAAAAUACCUCCAGCCACCAUGUCUAUCUUCCAAAUCCUUAGCAUUCUCAUUGGCCUCUUACUAUACGAGCGGCUAUUUGUCCCUUUUGCCCGUCGUUUCACCAGAAUUCCUAGCGGAAUCACUACCCUACAGAGAAUGGGAAUAGGGUAUGCGAUCAAUGUUUUCGGUACCCUUAUUGCAGCUAUGGUGGAGAUGAAGCGGAGAGGAGUGGCGACGAAUCACAACUUGUUAGGAAAACCGACAGCCAUUAUCCCAAUCAGUGUGUUUUGGUUGGUUCCUCAGUACUGGAUCCAUGGGAUGGCUUUGGCUUUCGUUAAUGUUGGGCGAAUUGAGUUCUUUUAUGAUCAGUCGCCAGAGAGCAUGAGAAGCACUUCCACGUCCUUCUUUUGGAUAGCAGUAGCACUGGGGAACUACGCAGGUACCCUGAUGGUAUCAUUGAUUCACGACUACACGGGAAAAGGGGGAGGGAGGAAUUGGAUUCCCAAUCGAAACCUCAACAGUGGAAGAUUGGAGUACUACUACUUGUUUGUGUCUGGACUGCAAGUUGUUAAUAUGAUGUAUUAUUUGAUAUGCACCAAAUUUUACAUUUACAAGGCCUUGGAAGAGGUAAGUGAAGGAAUAACGGAAGGAAGAGCUGCGGAGUUACCUACCGAUAAAAAGACACCAUCUAAAUCAAUGGCUGAAUGGUAAUGACAACUGAAAAACCAUGAAACAAUGACGAAGCUGGCCGGAAUGGUAUUCGACGCUAAUAAUUACUGGUGAUGGUCAAGUUACUUUCUCCUUAUAUUAGAAAAUUAUGGUGUAAUGGUUAUGGCUGAUCACGGAACACAGCAGUGACAACAUAAGUAAGUAUAUAGUCCUUUUGCAAUCAAGCUGUUUGCAGGUCAGAUUGAUAACAAGCAUAUGUAUAUCUAUCUUAGUUCUAGCCUCGUGCCUUUUGAAUAAAAUAAACACCUGUCAAUUGUGCCUCGAA